AUGGCGAACUGGACCCUCCCUCCCCCCUUUGCUGCCCUCCUCAGCGCUCCCCUUGAGCAGGCUGUAGAGUCGCUCAUUGGGCCCGUCCCCAAGAUCAAGGAAAAUGCCGUCGAGGACACCGCCUCCGCGUCCAAGCCCAUCGUUCCCUUCCUCGAGGCCCUCAAGAUCGUUCCCGACGCACUCACGGAUAACGGUGCCAACGCGUACUCGUCAACCGACAGUGCGCUCGUCGACCUCUUUUAUGACUUUACGCCUGGUGUGAGCGGCGAGGACUUGUUCGAGCGUCUUGACGCGGCUUGGAAGGCGGACCCUGUGGUUACCCUCAAGAUCAUCUUCCACGCCCGCUCGAUCCACGAGGGUAAAGGCUUCAAGACUGGUUUCUUCCGCGCCGUGGCCUGGGUGUGGGAGUACCACCCGCACACCUUGCUUGCAAACCUCCACCUCAUUGUCCAGCCCACGUGCGAGCGCGCACGCAGCAAGAAGCGCGAUGCAGCCAAGGCCCAGAAGGAGUCGGCCGCCAACAACGGCGUGGAGGUUCUGGAUGACGACGGCAACGUGGGGAAGGACGUCGAACCCGAGUACCCUCCUCGUCCCCACGGUAGCUUUGACGACCUCAACGACAUUCUCGUUCUCGCCAUCAAUGGCCAGCUCACAGUGUCGUACACUGGACGCAUGAACGCCUUUGACCAGGCACUGGCACCUGCAUACGUGGCGCAGGCGUUCAAGAGGAGCCGUGUUUUGGGCCAGAAGCAUCUCAAACGGGAAGCCUUCGAGACCAUUGCCAAAGAGGCCAAGUCAGAUAUGGACACCGACACGACCAUGGUCAAGGCACGCACUGCGGACGUGGAAAGCGAAAACAGCGAGGUGACAACCCUUGUUGCUUCGGACGAGGCCUCCGUUGGCGACAAGCGCAAGGCCGGAAGCGAUGAGACGUUUGCGCGCAAGCUCAGUCGCUGUGGCAGCAAGCAGAUGCGCGCUGCUGUCCUGCAGGAACGCGCAUACGAGGCUCUGUCUUCAGACAAGAAGCUGCAGGCGCUCUACCUCGCCGUCAUCGACCUGUUCGCCACCUACAUUUCAGCCGACCUCGACCGCCUGGCUGCCCACACCAAAUACAUUUCCCUGCCACAAGAGCAGCGUGCCGCAGACGGGUACGCGGCACCAAACACCUCGCCAUACCUCUUUGGCAUGUCGUAUGCUGCCAAGUGGGCGCCGACUCCAGGCAAGUCGGCGGACAAGCAGCUCCACAUGGCCACGGCCCUCGCGUGCCGCCUCUUCCCCUCCGCGGACGUCAAGACUGCGCGCCACAAGCUCCAGACGCAGGUCCUCGCCCCACUUCGCCGCGUCCUCGCCGUUCCCGAAGUGGCCAUGGUCAAUGGUCCAUGGAAGAUUGAGUACACCAAGGUUCCGGCCAUGGCGAUGGCUCGUCACCAGGCGGCCUUUGACGAGCACGACCCCGAGGGAUUCGGGACAUACCUCGACCAAGUGGCCAGUGGCAAGGUGACAAUUUCCGGUGCCAGCAUGUUCCCACACGAGAUCGUUUGCAACGCGUUGACCCGGUCGCGUGUGGAGAGGCGUGUGGCCAAUGUGCAGUGGGACGCGCUUGUCGACUCGAUUCGCUCCAGCUCGAACAAAGAGCUGUCAAACUGUAUCGCCGUCGCAGACGUGUCGGGAUCCAUGGGCUCGUUGAGCUACACCACCACGGGUCGCGUCAGCCCCAUUGGUCCAUGUAUAUCCCUCACUCUCCUCUUGACCGAGCUCGCCCGCCCCCCUUGGAACGGUGCGUUUAUCACGUUCAGCAGCGACCCGAAGAUCCAACACGUCGACAACACUCAGACCCUCACUGAGCGUGUCCACAGCCUCAGCAGAGCAGCCUGGGGCUUGUCCACCGACUACUACAAGGUCUUUACAGCCAUCCUCUCGGCCGCCACAAACGCCCAGCUCAAGCCGGAGGAUAUGGUCAAGAAGAUCUUCGUGUUCAGCGACAUGCAGUUUGACGCUUCGGGCGGGUCAGCGUUUGGCGAGACGGAGCACAGUGCGGUCGCCCGCCUGUUCGAGGACGCCGGGUACCCCAUGCCCGAGCUGGUCUACUGGAACCUCGAGGCGGCCAGCGCUCGUCCCGUCAAGUCCACCACGCCUGGUGUGGCGCUCGUCAGCGGCUUCUCGGGCGCGUUGAUGAAGUAUUUCAUCAAGGCGCUUGGAGACGAGCCCGAGGAGGAAGAGGAGGACGCCGAGUUGGAUGACUGGGAGGAUGUGGGAGAGACCAAGGCUGAGCCAAAGGAGAAGAAGGAUAAGAAGCAAAAGGAAGGCAAGGAGGGCAAGAAUCCGAUGGACCACCUCCUUGCGAUUGUAGGAGCCAAGUCGUUCGAGGGCGUGGUCGUUGUGGACUAG